AUGUCUAUAGCUUUACGUGAGGGGUUUGCUAACCUCCCAUUGAAAGACAAUCUCGAGGACUUGUUGGUAAGAUUUGUCAUUAAUUGUCCCAGCGAGGAUCUCUCAUCGAUCGAAAGAGUUUUCUUUCAAAUUGAAGAAGCACAGUGGUUUUACUCUGAUUUCAUAAGAACCCUUAACCAUUCUCUACCUCCGCUCAAAAUGAAGGGAUUUUCGAAACAGAUCAUUGACAUUUGUCCUGCGAUUUGGAAAUGGGGCGAUCCAUCUGAUGCGUUGGCGAGGUUUGGCAAAUACAAAUCGACGAUCCCCGUCAGAGGGGUGGCAUUGUUCAACGAGAGUCUUUCUAAGAUGUUAUUGGUUCAAGGGACUGAGUCGAGCUCGUGGAGUUUCCCAAGGGGGAAGAUUAACAAGGAGGAAGAUGAUGGGGUUUGCGCAUUGCGAGAGUGUAAAGAGGAAACCGGGUUUGAUGCUGGGAAAUUGCUCGACGAACACGAGUACGUUGAACGAACCAUUAGAGGGAAGAAUUACAAGAUUUUUUUGGUAAAGAACGUUCCAGAGGAUUUUGAGUUCAGACCGUUGGUAAGGAACGAAAUUAAUGAGAUCAAAUGGAAGAACUGGAAGAAGGUGAUGAAGGAGUGUAGAAACGGGUCGAAUGCGUAUUAUUUGGUGAAUUCGAUGUGCAAGCCAAUUGAUCGGUGGGUGAACAAGCAGAAGGGUAUUAAUGAUGAAGAAACAUUGAAGAAGUACGCGGAGUCCCAAUUGAAGAGCUUAUUGGGUAUUGGUGAGUCCAUAAAGCAUUUCAGCGAUGCUAAGCGACAAAUCGAUGCCGGUAGGGAGAUUCUUGACUUAUUACAUAAACAGUCAACGAAUGAUCAAGAGAAUGGCACAACAAACAAUGGCUUGCCGGAAAUAUUCCAGAAAUUGCUCAGUCCAGUUGAUCAACCGCAGCAGCAGCAGCAACAACAACAACAACAAGAGUUCUUCAAUCCUGGUAUGGCCCAGGUCCCCAACUUGCCGCAUUCAAUGCAACAACAAACGAAUUUUCCAUUACAAUGUUUUGUUCCAUUUUACGGGAUCCCGGUGUUUCCAACAUUUCCUCAACAGAAUUUGAUGCAUCAUCCUGUUCCACAAUCUUUCCCAUCACAGCCACCGAUUCCACCAGCACUGGUUCCAAAUCCAAAUACUUUUUCAAAACCGGUAUUCAACAAUACUGAAAACAAUCCGUUAUUUACAUUGUUACAAAGAAAAGCAUCAUCUAAUCAAGAAACUGCGAAGAAUUCGCAAGGCAGGGAAUUAUUGGGGAUUUUGAACAAGGAAGCUGAUUCUACUGAUGAGAAAAAUUCCAAAGAACUAUUAGUUCUUUUGAAUAAAAAAGAAAAAACUAACGAGCCCGUGCCGUUAAAGGGCCCAGAAAUCUCUAAUAAGGACAACAGUAUUUUCUCCAAAUUAUAUGGUCAGGGUACCGAAGUUGAAGAUCACAAACAGAAUAAUGUUUUGUUAUCGCUCCUUAAGAAGCCUGCCUCAGCCCCUGCAACCGAACCGGUAGAAAGUAGCAAUGAAUUAUUGUCGAUUCUCAAAAAACAGUCUUCCGUGGAAUCCAAUGCCAGCAAUGGAGAAGACCUGGGUAAUGGCAAUCAACUUUUAUCAAUGUUACAAGGGCCUCCAAAAGAUACUUCUUCUACUGGAUCAAAUGAACUCUUGGGCCUUCUCAAAGGUAAACCAAGCCAUGCUCAAAAUGACGGCAGUAAUGAAUUGAUGUCUAUUCUCCACCAACAAAGGCCUGCUACGCCAGCAUCUGGAAAUAAUGAAUUAUUAUCAAUUCUUAGGCAACAACCACAACCUGGGAUCCCGAUAUCCAAGCCAGAACUGUUGGAACUGAUUGAAAGAUCUGCACCUACAUUAACCAGCAACGCUGGCGGUAAUGAAUUAUUGUCAAUUUUGAAUGGUGGUGGGAUGAAUUCACAACAAAAUGGCGGAUCAGAUGAGUUAUUAUCAAUAUUACAGAAACCUAAAGAAAAACCUAAGAACGAUUUGCUUUCAAUUCUUCAUGGAGGGUUAUAA